AUGGCAGACCUGGACUCUAGUGCUGCUUCUAGUAGACCCCCGGCAUCGCCUGAAUUCCUGUUGGCGUUUCUGGCUUUGACCGCACGGUUCCAUAGUAAACUGGUAGCGCACCACCACCCUCCGUCGUCUUCCAGGCCAAGCAACCCUCUGAUAGCAUGCCAGUAUUAUGCAGUAGCUGCAAAUGAGCGAUUGGCCACUAGCUGGACUGAUAAUCGCGUGCACGAUAUCGAGCGCAUCCAGGCCGCGCUUAUGAUUGGCUUACACGAGUGGAGCAUGUGCAGAGGUGCAAAAGCGUGGCUUACUAUCGGUAUAGCCAUUCGUGCUGCACAAGCAAUGGGUCUACAGUACGAGCGCGAGCUGGACGAUGAGCCCAUGUCUCGCGCCUUGGCUCUUGGCUCCGAGGCUGAAAGGAUGGGUCUGGACUCGAGAAAGGGCUCUCUGGCGGGCUCUAAAGGGGAGGAAGAUGCUUUUGUUCAGCAAGAGAUUCGGCGGCGGACUUUCUGGAGUUGUUACAUCAUGGAUCGCUACCUUAGCAGUGGCAAAUACCGGCCACAAAUGUUACAUGCGCACGAGCUGCGCAUCCAGCUGCCGGCGAGUGAGCGAUCGUUUCUGUUCGGUGAAAAAGUCAGAACUUUAAUGCUGGGAGAAGAGGAGCGUGUCGUUGAAGGCAGGGCAGAAUUGCAGAAUCAUCGACAGGCCUUCGUUGCGCCUGGCAAGUCUCUUGAUGGUGGACGUAAAAUGUCGAUAUCCACAGACCUGACUAGCGCGAAUGAUGAUGAAAGGGGACGUCUAGAGACUGGCGUUGACGAGGGCUUAGUUAGUCGCUAUGUGAAGAUACUCAAGCUCUAUGGCCGUGUGGUGCAAUGGUCUUGCGCAGGUGGUCGCAGGAUUGAGGAACACCCACCUUGGGAUAGGCGCUGCCAAUGGAAUCGACUACGACAACAGUGCUGGGACUUCCGAGCAAGCCUCCCUCGACAACACACACUCACCCCACAGAAUACACAGGCCCAUAUCAGCAUGAAGACCUCAACGCCAUAUGCUCUUGUGCACAUUGUCUAUCUUCUAUGUAACAUCAUGCUUCACCGAGAGUAUGUGCCGUUUCUUCCCAUUCGGUGUAACAGACCUGUGGGUCCGCUCGACGCACCGAUGUUCCCACCAGACCGAUACGAUGUGCCGUCUGGCUUCUGGGAGGAAAGUGCCACCGAAUUGUUCAGGUGCGCGCGAGAGAUUAUGGACCUAGUGCGCAGUUGCCAGGAGUGGUCUGCGCUUGUAGAAACGCCGAUUGUUGGGUUCGCGAUAUAUACUGUGGCAUUCGUCGGGGUGUACAGUAUCAAUUUCACGCACAUGGACCGAGAAGGAUAUAUGUGUACUCCACCAGCAGUGUCGUCGACGAUGAAAAUGGAUGGUGACCGAUCGGGUGGAAGUAAAGGUUUUGAAGCUGCCAAGAAAGCGUUAGAGAUGGUUGGACACAUGCGACCUCGACUGCGCAUGGCUGACGGCUGGUUUACAACCAUUACACGCAUGCACAAAUAUUUCCGGCGUAUGAGGAGCGACUAUAGGAAGAAUGUUGUGUCUACCGAGACAAGCUCAUCGGAAGACGACAGUGGUUCCACCGUUGCCAGAAGUUUGCGAGAGGGUGGUCCUGGUGGUGGACUGGAUGAGUGGAAGCUGCUUGAACGUACCAUCAAGGACUUCGGCAAUCUCGACGAUUAUGAUAUCGAGAUGGACGAUGCGGAUCCUGCGCAAGAAUCACGCCCUGGCGACGCACUGAAUGAUGAUAGCGGGUCUGCCGGGACGACUGUUAAGAGCGAAGACCGUGAUACAAGGAAGCCAAUGGACCAGAAAGCAGAAAGUGGUGGUCCAUGGAAUGCAAUCAAUGCCACUUCUGGCGCGACGUUGAGUCGGCAGCAGAGCAUGUCGACACCCAACAGUGCCCAAUUCCGGACCUACGACUCUUACCCUUCGCAGUAUCAUACUUCGCAUCCGCCCACGCAACAGCAGCCAACGCCGCAAGGCUCACUACCACCUCCGAGCUACAGCACUCAAAACAAUGGCUUCCGUCCAGCCUACUCUGGAGAACUCUCUAUAUCGUCCGGACCGCCACCAACUCUAGUCUCGCCAGCUUCACACUCGUCGACUACUCCGUCUCAGGCUUCGCCUCUUUUCGAUCGCCAGCUGCCUAGCUAUGCAGGAUGGACGCCACAACACGCACCUUACCCACCAAUGCAACAUGCGCAGAGCGCUUAUCCACCGGGUACCCAUCAUUAUCAGCAUGCGCCAAUGCCCAUGCAGCAGCCUUUCGCCUCACCACAUCAACCUUCGCAGCACCAGCACCAGCACAUCAUGCCCAUCCAGCAGCAUUAUACGGAGCAGCCACCAGUGCAGCAACAAGUCUGGGACGAAUACCAGAAGGAAGCGUGGCUUAAUGGUUUGCAGACUCGUAUGAGUGCCGACGAUCUUGCUGCUUUUGUUAAUGGAGGAGACAUCGCUGAAUGGGCUUCUCGAGAGCAAUUUGGGUCGACCCCUGGCUGGCUGAACACUCUCUACGGUAUGUCAAGCAUUUGA